GUUGGGAUUUUCUUAAAACAAAAGGAAUAUCAAGUUACUCACAAAAAAUAUAUAAUUCACCACGGAUCUCUUUCUCUGCUCUGCUAUUCCAGCUCGAUAACAGCAAAUUUCAACGCACUCAUUAGUCGGGUUUCUUUCAGUAAACCCAUUUUUGACCAAGACCAAAUACACACACUUUUACUCGCAAAAACUUUGUACACCACAGCAACAAUGCCUCAAAUCAACGGACGAGAGGUCGGCCCCAUUGGCUACGGUCUUAUGGGCUUCACUUGGCGGCCCAACCCUUGCCCCCAGGAGCAGGCUUUUGAGGCGAUGCGUGCCGCUCUCAAGAAUGGCUGCACCUUUUGGAACGGGGGCGAGUUCUACGGAGGCCCCGAAUACAACAGCCCCGUCCUGCUGGAGCGUUACUUUGAGAAGUAUCCCGAGGACGCGGACAAGAUCGUCCUCAGCAUCAAGGGCGCCGGGGGGGCUCGGCUGGAGAAGGGAGCCGACGGUAGCCCCGAGGAGAUCCGGCGUUCCCUCGACGCUGUCCUAAGCCAGCUCAAGGGCCGCAAGAAGCUGGACCUCUUCGAGUGUGCCCGCCGUGACCCUCGCGUGCCGUUGGAGGUGACAUUUGGCGAGAUUCAAAAAUACAUCGACGCGGGCAAACUGGGCGGCAUCUCGCUGUCCGAGGUCAAUGCGCAGACGAUUCACGACGCCGUCAAGAUCACAAAGGUCAAGGCUGUUGAGGUCGAGCUCAGCCUGUUCUCCACCGACGUACUCGAGAACGGCGUCGCCGCGGCCUGUGCACAGUACGACAUCCCGCUGGUGGCCUACUCACCCCUGUGCCGCGGCCUGUUGACAAGCACAUUCAAGUCGUUUGACGAUAUUCCCGAGGGCGAUUUCAGGCGUUACAUGCCGCGCUUCCAGGGCGAAAACUUCCAGCAUAACAUCACCCUGGUGGAACGCGUCAAGACGCUGGCCGACAAGAAGGGCGUCACCCCAGGCCAGUUUGCUCUGGCCUGGGUGAGGGCGCUCUCCAGGCGUCCUGGCAUGCCGACCAUCAUCCCCAUCCCCGGAGCAACGACGGUGGACAGGGUCAAUGAGAAUUCCAAGCUGGUAGACCUGACAGACGAGGACAUGGCGGCGGUUGAUGAGAUCCUGGACAAGAUGGAUAUCAAGGGGACUCGCUACCCCGCUGGCGCGCCCACCAACACCUAGGACAGACAGAGGAGACCUUCAAGUGUGGACAUAUUACUCUUUCGUAGCUGAAUUUGAACUGCCUUGUUGUGAACACUC